AUGAUUCCUUUCAAGAACCACAGAGAUAUUCUCACAGCAACAGCAGUCUGGUACCUGAUAUUCUACUCUCCGUUUGAUAUUGUCUAUAAAUUGGUAAAGUUCCUGCCUUUCAAACUGUGUAUUGGCACAUUGAAAGAAACUCAGCGUGCCCACAAGGUCUACCAUGGAGUCACACACACUGCAAAACUCUAUCCCCAGGCCUAUCUGCUUAUUGUCAUCAUUGGUACAGUCAAAGGUGCCGGAAGUGGAAUCAUGAAAACAAUUGACAGACUUAUACGAGGUGUUUGGAUUCCAGGCAGCAAUGAAUUCUUACAACCUUCUUUUUACACAAAAGCUUGUCUGAUUGCUUCAAUUAUUUUUGUCCUUGAGAGGACUGCAGUGAUCGUUGCCCCCCACGCUUUUAUCUACUUUGGGGUAGUCAUUUUCUUUGUCUACUUCAAACUGUCGUCACUUCUUCUGGGCAUUCACGAUCCUUUCAUCCCAUUUGAGAACCUCUUCUGUGCCAUCUUCCUUGGUGGCAUGUGGGAUGCCCUGCGUCGUGCCAUUUCCAAAGAGGCUCCUGAAGAUGCCAACGGAAAGAGCAAGGCCGAUAAAAAGAACGAUUAA